CCGGCAUCCGGCUUGUAACUCCAACACUCCAUCCCCAAGGAGGUCUAUUUCAGCGGUGCGAGCCUUAUCACGCAGCGCAACGGGCUCGUGCACAUGCUCCUCGAGGCGUACAACCAGCACUGCGCGCUCGUGCUCCGCCCGGACGACGUGUGGCUUGCCAUUCUCACGCAGUUCUCGUUCUUUGUGAACGCGCACGCUGAGGAGCUGCACUCCGCCUUCGUUUCUCAUGAGGGGAAUAAGGAGCUGAACGUUAGCGCUGUCGGGUCGUGGUACAGUGUCGACUUUGGGAGCAUGGCGCGGCAGAUGGCAGGCGAGCUCGAGAAGAACAUGAGCGAUCCGAAGCUGCGCGAGAUCGGGAAGCUGGAGGAGUACGGCACGGAGUACGGCACGGAGACAACGGCGUGGUUCUACCUUCUCAAGCCUAUCGUCGAGCGCUUUGUGCAUGCUUUCGACGAACCCAUCACCGCGUUCUGCGUAUUCACCACCGAGGGGAAGUGGCAGGGUCCGCGUCUGCAGAACCUGCCCUCGUCGUCCUCUGACAAGAGCUACACGGACCUCAGCGGCGAAGUGUUCGCUGCGAAACACUUCGUCUCGCACCCGGAGGGCGACCCCUUCAUCGGCGACCUGUACCUCACGCUCAACGAUGUAUCGUACCCGCACGUCAACACCGACCAGAUUCCGCCAGGCACGGUCGAGGUGGACGUGAAGCUGGACGACAACGGGCAGGUGUUCUCGACACUGCUCGUUGCAGGCGGCGUGGGCAGCGUGGUGUCGUCGAGUGGGGACAAGGCGCUGUCGGGGUCAGGAGAAAGGGAUACGGUGAGGCCUGUGCCUGAGUGGUGGAUGUUUGUGAAGAAUAAGAAGAGCAAUGAGGAGCCCGCGAGGCUAUCGAGCAUGGAGUAA